UCAUAUUCCCAUGCAGGAAACUCUAGCUCGGAAGACAAACAUCAGCGACCAGGAACUGAAAGGAUGGCCAACAGUCAUUUGGCAAUAGGAAUGAUCUUCUUAACACAGACUGUGGUAGGAAUCCUGGGAAAUUUGUCUCUUCUUUGCCAUUAUAUCAUCCUUUACUUCACUGAGUACAGGUUAAGGUGCACAGAUUUGAUUCUUAAGCAUCUGAUUGUAGCCAACUUCUUAGCCCUCUUCUGUAAAGGAAUCCCUCAGACAAUGGCAGCAUUUGGGUGGAAACUUUCCCUCGGUAAUUUUGGAUGCAAACUUGUUUUCUGUCUUCACAGAGUGGGGAGGGGUGUGUCCAUUGGUAGCAUCUGUAUCUUGAGCGUCUUCCUGGUGAUCACGAUCAGUCACAGGAACUCCAGGUGGGCAGAGCUUAAAGUAAAAGCUCCAGACUACAUUGUUCCCUCUAUUUUCUCAUGUUGGAUCCUACAAGUGCUGGUAAAUAUCAGUUUUCCUAUCUUUAUAACUGAAAAAUCGAGCAACAAAAACAUCACAAGCAAAAAAGAUUACCUAUACUGUUCUGCGGUUCGCCAUGACAAAAUCACAGACGUGUUAUAUGCAGCAUUGCUAUCAGUCCCUGAUGUUUUCUGUUUGGGGCUCAUGCUCUGGGCCAGCAGCACCAUGGUUUUAACUCUGUAUAGGCACAAGCAGAGGGUUCAACACCUUCGUAGGGCCAACAUUUCCCCCAGACACUCCCCUGAGUCCAGAGCUACCAAAAUCAUCCUUCUCCUGAUGAGCACCUUUGCUUAUUUUUAUGCCCUUGCUUCCAUCUUUCAAGUUGUUUUGGCUCUUUUAGAUAAUCCUGACUGGUUCCUGGUGAACAUCACUGCAAUCAUGACUAUGUGUUUCCCAAUGGUCAGCCCCUUUCUGCUCAAGAUUGGUGACUCCAAUGUAUCCAGACUCUGCUUUGCCUGGAUAAGAAAUAUAAAAUCAUCUAAUCUUAUGAAAAAUAUAUAA